GGAGCGCGGGGGGCGUGUCCCCGGCUUCCAGAGAGUUCGGAGACGGGAGCGGAGCGGCGCGCGUCGGCAGCGAGGACGAUGGUGAAGGAAACGGGUUACUACGACCUGCUGGGCGUGCGGCCGGGCGCCACGCUGGACGAGAUCAAGCGGGCGUACCGGCGGCUGGCGCUGCGCUACCACCCCGACAAGAACCCCAGCGAGGGCGAGCGGUUCAAGCAGAUCUCCCAAGCCUACGAGGUGCUGUCGGACACCCACAAACGGGCGCUGUACGACCGCGGCGGGGAGCGAGCCAUGAAGGAAGGAGGCUUGGGGAGCCGGGGGGGCAGCGCUGGGUUCGGCUCGCCCAUGGACAUCUUCGACUUCUUCUUCGGAGGGGGAGUGCGGAUGCGCGGCCGGGCUGACAGGAGAGGGAAGACCGUGGUGCACCAGCUCUCCGUGUCCCUGGAGGACCUCUACAACGGCACCACUCGGAAGCUGUCCCUGCAGAAGAACAUCAUCUGCAGGAAGUGUGGAGGCUGUGGGGUGCGGGAGGGCGCCCAGAGGAGGUGUCCCAAGUGCCACGGCUCGGGCAUGGAGGUGCGGAUCCAUCAGCUGGGGCCCAGUAUGAUCCAGCAGAUCCAGACGGUGUGUUCCCAGUGCCAGGGCCAGGGCGAGUGGAUCCGGCCUCGGGAUUGCUGCCUCACCUGCAACGGCCGCAAGGUCGUCAGGGAGAAGAAGAUCCUCAAUGUCCACCUGGAUAAAGGCAUGAAGGACGGGCAGAAGAUCACGUUCCAUGAGGAAGGGGACCAGGUCCCGGGGCUGGAGCCCGGGGACAUCAUCAUAGUCCUGGAUCAGAAGGAGCAUCCCGUGUUCCGGCGCAGCGGCGACGACCUCAUUGUGCGCAGGGAGAUCAGCCUGGCCGACGCGCUGUGCGGCUGCCGCCAGGUCAUCCGCACCCUGGAUAACAGGAGCCUGCUCCUGGCCUCCCCGCCAGGGGACGUUAUCCGGCCCGGAGACCUCAAGUGUGUCCCCAACGAGGGGAUGCCCGUCUACAGGAGCCCGUUCCAGAAGGGGAAGCUCAUCCUGCAGUUCCAGGUGAAGUUCCCGGAGCCAGGCUGGCUGCCCCCCGAGCGCCUGCGCCAGCUCCAGGCCUUCUUCCCGCCGCAGGACGAGGUGAUGGCCACGGAGGACACGGAGGAGGUGGAGCUCAGCGACUACACGGCCCAUGGGGGGCCGGGGGGGCGAAGGCCCUUCCCUGGGGACCCCCCCCACGAUGAUGACUUUGAGGACGGGACGCGCCAGCACGUCCAGUGCCAAACCUCAUAGCCAGGGCUGGGGGGGGGGGGGGCUGUGGGGCAGAGCUUGGGGGGGGGGCUAUGGGGCAGGGAGGGGGCUCUCGGAGCCGUCACCUUCAGGGAUGUACAUAGGUCACCUUUGGACAGCACUUCACCUCCCUUUGCCCCCCCACUUUGGGGACCCCCCCCCCAGGCCCUCCUGCUAAAGGGGAUGGGCCCCUUCAGUGGGUGCUGCCCUGCACUGAGGGGAAGGGGGGGCCCUCACCCCCUGCCUCAGUUUCCCCAUUGAUGCUGGGGCAAAGCCUCCCGACGAGCCCCAUAGGGGGAGGACUUGAACUGCCCCCCCCGGCCCCGGCCGGCCCCACAGCGCCGUGGGGCCCCCACAAGGCCUUUGCUUUGCCCAUUUCUGUCCUUGCUGGAGCCUGGCUCAGGCCUGGGAGCGAGGGGGGGGUUUCUCUGGUCUCUUUGCACACACAAAAGGGGGUUUUUUGGGGGGGGUCCCGUCCCUUUAAUUUAUUUUUUAGAGGAAUUUUAAGCAUUUUUUCUCUGUUGUCAUUGUCGGGGGGGGGCUGGAGGGGGGGCACUUUGUACUUGGCAUUAAAAGCAAAUCCCGACUCCA